AUGGUCCGAGCCCCCGUCCCCCCAAGCGGCGUCUGGACGCCCGCCGUCACCUUCAUCAACCCCGACACCGACGAGCUCGACCUCGCCGCGCAGGAGAAGUACUACGCCUACCUCUCCAAGACGGGGCUCGCGGGCCUCAUAGUCCUGGGCACCAACGCGGAGGCCUUCCUGCUCACGCGCGAGGAGCGCCGCGCCCUCGUGCAGACGGCGCGCAAGGCCGUCGGCCCCGACUACCACGUCAUGGCCGGCGUCGGCGCGCACUCGACCAAGCAGGUGCUGCAGUACAUCGCCGACGCCGCCGAGGCGGGCGCCAACUCGGUGCUCGUCCUGCCGCCCGCCUACUUCGGCAAGGCCACCACGCCCGAGGUCGUCGAGCGCUUCUUCGCCGACGUCUCGGCGGCCAGCAGUCUGCCCAUCGUCAUCUACAACUUCCCCGGCGUGUGCAACGGGCUGGACCUCGACUCGGACACGAUCGAGAGGUUGGCCGGCAAGUACGACAACAUCGUCGGCGUCAAGCUGACCUGCGGCUCGGUCGCCAAGAUCACGCGGCUGGCCGCCGCGCUGCCCAGGGACAGGUUCGCCACCUUUGGCGGGCAGUCCGACUUCAUCAUCGGCGGCCUGGCGUCGGGCUCGUCCGGGUGCAUCUGCGCGUUCGGCAACGUCGCGCCCAAGACGGUGGUGCGCAUCUACGACCUCUGGCAGCAGGGGAGCGUCAAGGAGGCGAUGGAGCUGCACCAGAAGGCCGCGCUGGCGGAGCAGGCGAUCAAGGGCGGCAUCGCGCCGACCAAGUACGCCGCGUCUCUGACGACGGCCAAGGCGGCGGGCGUCGAGGGUGCCGAGAACCUGCUGCAGCCGAGGAGGCCGUACGUUGCUCCGAGUGCGGCGGUCAAGGAGAUGGUGCAGAACAAGCUGAAGGAUGUGAUUCCGAUCGAGGAGGGUCUGCCGCUGAAGGCAUAG